AUGCAAUCCGCCCGGACGACCACCAGCAUCGCCAGCGGCAUCAAAUUUCUUCCUCCAUCGUCCACAGCACGGAAGGAGCUAUCGAAGCGAGAUCGUGAGUUGGAAGGGUCAGAUGUAAAAGCCCAUGCAGCAAAGAUUUCGCACCAGAAGCGCCGACAAAGAACGGAGAAAGAGGAGUUGAAGCUGGACCCGAGCAAGAAGCUCCUCACCGUGCUCGAGUUGGCCACACUUCUCUGCGGCUCUUCAGAUCCUUUCAACGCAUUUCCUAUUCAUGUCACUCCACAAAUCCAUCGCCUCAUAUCAUACAGCCGAGACGUGCUUCUAACGACUUUGACACUCCCAGAUUACAUGAGACGACUCACCUUGGAUCCGCCGAGAACCGUGACUUUCGAGAACUCGGAUCGGGUCAUUGGUGGAGCGAACUAUGCCGCUAUCAUCGGCAUGUUCCACCAUGCCACUGAGGGCGCCGUACUCGCCUGGCUGACGAGCCAUAUCCCUGGGAUCGUCACUGCAGCAUCUAAGGAGGUCACCCACGAUCUGACCAUUGACGGUCUCAAGAUGAAGCUACAGAGUAUCAAAUUGUUACGGCAAGAUUUGUCCAAAUACCACAAAUUGACAAGAGAUGCUAAAGGCUUAAUAAGGUUACAUGUGAGAGGACUUAUGGAAUCGGACUGUAUGGCAUUGGACCGAAACUCUGCAAAGGCACAUUUGAAAAUGCUCAUGCAGCUCGAUGACCCAUUCGGUGAUGAUGAACUCUCCCGAGCUACCGACGUGUCUGUCAUUAUCUUCAACAUCGUCGAACUUGCAAGCAAGUGCAUGGAAAGACCGCUCAUCCCGUUUGGGAGGUGGACUCACUCACGGCUAGCCAAUUACUGGGCAUUGUGCUAUCCUGCGUUGCCAGCCCAUCUCCCAGAAUACGACGAGGUCCACCCAUGCAUCCACCCGCCUGUACGGGAGGUUAUGAUCCGCUUGAGAUACUGCAUUGGAAUUUGCGAGUCACCACUGCCCACGGAAACCGCAGCCGAAAAGCUUCGUGGAAGCCUGGUCUAUGGCUGGAUUGCGACGAGGACACAGCAGGAUGUGGGACUGCUGCUUCAUCUGUUCUUCGACCUGAUUGAAGGCGAGACAGAGACAUCUGCUCGGACAGCCGGUCAACAACUGACCGAGGCAGCCAUCUGUCUAACUCUAGCACAUUGCGUUCGGAAAAGCGUGCUGGCAGCCGAAAUGGAAGAUUCGGGGAUCGACAUUCGAGAAGCGUCACAUGCCAUCAUGCCCAAGCUAGCAACAACCCUGCAGUGUGCGUUCUCUGUGUUGACGCCGCCUGAACGCCUUGAAUACACUGAGGUCUACUUUUGGAUGUUCUAUGUGGGUGCAAUGUUUGAAGAGAGGCAAAAGACCAGUAAGCGCCCGGUCCUGAUACGGAACGUCAAUGGCACUUCAGUCUUGUGGUUCUCGAAGCUGCUGGCAAGACAUGCGAGCAACCUUGGUGUACGGACUUGGAGUGACGCAAAAGGGAUACUCGAGAAAUUUGUCUAUGACCGGCAUCUGCAGCCAGAGGGACAUUUGUGGUUGGAAGACGUACUGUCCACUUUCGAAAGGCAGCAUGACACUCGCUCAGUGGGUUCGACGAGUGAAGAUUCCAGGCUGGCAGAUGAUGCUCCUUAUCCCAUGGGCUGGGAUCCAGCCGCCGAAGUCAGCCAUGAGCCGACCAGACUGCUUCCUUGUACGACAGAUACUUCUGAAUUGCAAACCCUUCUUCUGGUUGAUCGGAAGAGCGAAGGGCAAUAG